AUGAUCACAAGUGUUGCUAAAUCACGUAGCAUACCAAAUGUGGUAAUUCCUGGCAGCAGAGCCUUUUUCAGCACCGUCGUGGGUGGUGUCAGAUCACAAGAAGCCUCCCAAUCAUCAACAGCAUCAUCAACAAUUAAUGAGGAAGGAGUAUGGUCCCAGUUUGACAAACGUUCUGAAUCAUUGAAAAUCAAAAACCCAAUAUUAAGAAAUGAGCUUUUACACGGAAUCGACCCAGCUAAAGGGCCUUUGACUUUGAAGAAAGGGUUGAGUAAGAUGAAGUACACUUCCCCAACUGGAUUAGAUGAAGUUUUCCCAUUAGCUUACAACUUUUUGCAAGAGACAGCUAAAGAAAAAUAUUCCCAAGUCACCGAAAUCGAAUCGCAAAUCGCUGCUGAAACAGAUGAAGCCGUCAAGACACAGUUGUUGAAAAAGAAGAACCAGUUGAUCAUCGAUGCGGAAAAAUUCAACCCAGAAGUGGCUUAUAAAGCCCAAUUUUCCAACCCAGAAAACUUGAACUUGGACGAAUUGGUGUACCAAUACUACUACAAGACCAAGAACUUUGAAGGGUUCAACAAAAUGCUUUUAAUGCAAAGAAUUGAACAAUUGCACGUCUUGCCAGAUGCGAUCCCAACCAUCAACCCAAGCGUUGAAUUGAAGGUGAAAUUCAUUAACGAGUCCGGUGUCAAUAAGUAUAUCACCCCAGGGGACAUCUUAUCAUCUAGAGCCACCUCGAAACCUCCAAUCUUCCAAGUCAAUUAUUUGAACAUUGACGAAGCGUUGAAACCAUCUGACAAAUUCACAUUAUUGGUGGUUAAUUUGGAUCAUCCAAACACUAAGACUAACUCCUACGACAUCACCUUGAACUAUGGGGUUAAGGACGUGAGUUUCCAACACAACAACCAAGUUUUGUCAUUUGACGAGUUGAGCCAAGGAGAAUUUGCUGAAUACUUACCACCAGUUCCGGAAAAGAACUCGCCAACCAGCAGAUUUGUCACCUUGUUGUUGAAGCAAGAAGAAGGUCCAUUGGCCACUGAAAAAUUGAACUUUAAUAGAAAAGAUUUUGCCUUGGCAGACUUUUUGACAGAAAAUAAAUUGGUGCCUGUUGGUAUUAAUGUUUGGAGACUGAAAUGGGAUGGAAAUGUCAAGAAUGUUAGGGAGAUGUACGGUUUACCAAAUGGGAGAGUGUUCCACAGAGUCCGUCGUUGA